UCACACUGAUUGCUAUAAGAAGGCAAACCGCGUGACGCGUUUAUGGAUUGUGUUUACAGCACGUGCUUUCAGCGCGUUUAGUGCAGUUUGAAAUUAGUCUCAACCGCGCCGUUGUCCGUCUGAUGACGUAGCGGCGGCUGAUUGGCUGUCCAGGGUCACGUGUGAGUGUGGUUCUGAUGAGCGACCAUUAGUUCAGUUCAUUCAGUACCACUCACACACACUCUACUCUCAGAGUAGCACACACUCGCUACUCUACAGUUUUCUGCGGUAUUGAUGUAGGACGCUCUGUUCGCUCGGCGCGUCGUUUCUAUACUUCAUCAGUGGGAAGAUGGCGAGCCCCGCGCGGAUCUCCCGCCUGCAGGAGCAGCAGGAGCUGCAGCAGCUCAACGACCGGCUGGCCGCCUACAUCGCCGCGGUGCGCCGCCUGGAGUCCGAGAACGGCGCGCUGCAGCUGCAGGUCCGCGAGCGCGAGGAGACGCGCGGCCUCAAAGCGCUCUACGAGACCGAGCUGGCGGACGCGCGCACGGCGCUGGACGAGAUGGCGCGGGAGCGUGCACGCCUGCAGCUCGAGCUGGGCCAGAUGAAGAGCGAGCACGAGCAGCUGCAGCACACAUGUGUGAAGAAGAACGCGGAGCUGGCCAGUGCUCAGGCCCGGCUGACAGAAGGUGAAGCUCUGCUGAACGCUAAAGAAGCGUCUCUGAACACAGCGGUGUCUGAGAGGAAGGCACUGGAGAGCACCGUCACAGACCUGCAGCUCCACAUCCAGGAGCUGGAGGGAGGACUGAGCUCGGCUAAGAAGCAGCUGUCAGACGAGACUCUGUUGCGCGUGGAUCUGGAGAACCGCUGCCAGAGCCUCGUGGAGGAGCUGGACUUCAGGAAGAACAUGUUCCAGGAGGAGAUGAAGGACACGCGGCACAGGCUGGAGACGCGUCUGGUGGAGGUGGACUCGGGCCAUCAGGUGGAGUAUGAGUUCAAGCUGGCUGCGGCGCUGGCCGAUAUGAGACCGCAGCACGACGAGCAGGUCCAGCUCUACAAGGACGAGAUGGAGCAGACCUACACAGCCAAGCUGGAGAACGUGCGUCUGUCGUCGGAGAUGAACAGCUCGUCAGCGAGUAUGGCACGCGAGGAGCUGCGCGAGUCCACGCUGAGAGUCGAGAGUCUGGCCGCUCAGCUCGCUAACCUGCAGAAACAGGCGCGUGCGUGGCAGGAUCAGAUCCGUGAACUGGAGGCGGUUCUGAGCCGCAAGAAGGAUCUGAGCCGCAGGUUACUGGCAGAGAAAGAGCGAGAGAUCGCAGAGAUCAGAGCCAAGAUGCAGCAGCAGCUGGACGAGUACGAGCAACUGCUGGACGUCAAGCUAGCGCUGGACAUGGAGAUCAACGCUUACCGGAAGCUGCUGGAGGGAGAGGAGGAGAGGCUGAAGCUGUCUCCCAGCCCCUCAGCUCGUGUGACAGUGUCCCGGGCCUCCUCCAGCCGUAGCGUUCGCACCGCGCGAGGGAAGAGGAAGCGUGUGGAUGUGGAGGAGUCCGAGGCCAGCAGCAGCGUCAGCAUCGCUCACUCUGCAUCUGCCUCUGGAAACGUCUGCAUCGAUGAGCUGGACGUGGACUGGAAUUUCAUCCGCUUGCACAACAGCUCAGAGCAGGAUCAACCCAUGGCAGGAUUUCAGCUGACCAGAACUAUCGGUGAUGUUUCUGCUACGUAUAAAUUCACUGCCAAAUACGUCCUGAAGGCUGGGCAGAAAGUAACGAUCUGGGCGUCUAAUGCGGGCGUGAGCUCCAACCCUCCUACGGACCUGAUCUGGGAGAGCCAGAGCUCAUGGGGGAGCGGCGAGAACAUUAAAGUGCUUCUGCUGAGCCCAGGAGGAGAGGAAGUAGCUGUGAGGAGCACUGUAUUCAAGACUGCAGUGGAGGAGGAGGAACAGGAACCUGAAGUCAUUGAGGAGCGUUUCUUUCACCAGCAGGGAGAUCCUCAUACUGCUAAGAGGGGUUGUGCGAUCAUGUGAUCAGAGCUGCCAGCUGAACCACCUUCCUGUGUGGCCCAUUUUCUGAGUGAAUCUUUUUUUUUUUAAUGAUGCUUUUUAAAGUCUUUUUCACUUCAGUUUGUUUCAGAUUUUGUGAAAUGUUUAUCCGCUUAAAUUGAGUGAACCAAAUGUUUUCUUUUUGUUUGUAACAGUGAGGACUCUUUUCUAGACUCGUCCACGUCAGAUUCUGUGACCAUUUUUUUUUUUUAAAUCAUGUUCAUAUUAAUUUUAUAAGAUGGCAUUUUAGGUCUCUUUUAUAGACAGAUUUAUAAUGGCUCAUAGUUUUUAGUGAGAUUAUUAUAGACAGUAGACUCAUUUGCAUGCUAGUUUGAAUAUGGAUGUGUCAUUGUAUUUAAAGCAGCUGUUCAGAAGUAGUUCACUACGUGAUGACGCAUCUCUUCUGCAGACAGACCGCAGGAACAUGUAGCACAGGUCUGAUUUUAUCCUGCAGAGCUGGACCAUGAGUGCUUUGUCUAUUCCUGCUGAAGAGGUGCAGCAUUGGGUCUCUCUUCGACUGUGUGCUGCACGUCUGCGUGAGGCCGUGUGAUCGAUGAAAACACUGCCGUUAAACCUCAAGAUUCAGUACUGUAUGUUUUUUACCGAUCAGAUUGUCAGAGCUGAAGUGUUAUUUUGUACUGCUUUUGUCUGUACUAUCUAACAAACACUAGCCUUACGCAUACACUGUUGAUUUUUAACCUUUUAUUUUAAGAAAUGCAUGCUUUAUUUUGCUGCAGCCUUUAUACUUCAAAUGAUUGAGUAAAGUGUUGAAUGUAUUUUCAGGGUUUUCUUUCAUUACUCUUGGUCGCUAAUGUGCACGUCUGAUUUGUGAACACGAGAGGUUUUAGAAAAGCCCUCUCACCAGCUUCUGUCUUAUUUCUGGUCAUGAAAGCACGACUCCUGCUUGAAAGAGGAAUGAACAGUGUUGGAUGAGCUUGAUUCAGUAUCUGAUGACGAUGCGGUCAUGUAGUUUGCUGCUUCAGCUGACAUCUGCCUUUUUACAGUUCUCUUUGUCCAGCUAAUGCUUUCUGGAGCAGAAGAGCUGCUUGAGUGGUGUAUAAAACACACAGUAUUGAAUUAAAAGCACCGGACGGAGCUGGGACAGUCCACAGGAGAGCAGCGAUUCUGCAGAUGUUCAGCUCUUCACGUUUAAAGGGUCAUGAAACCCUAAAACACAUUUUUUUGAGAUGUUAACAUAUAUGUACAGGUUGCACAUCAGU